AUGUUUCGGGCGCACGCCGCCGAGACGGUGCCGGACGCGGCGCUGGAAGCGGUGCGCGUCGACGUCGACGCCUUCCUGCUGUCCCUUCCGCUGGGGACCGACAGGGCGUCGGCGGAGGUCGAGGAGGCGGUGGCGCACAGGCUCGUCGCGGCGGAGAUCAGCGGCAUCAAGCUGCAGAAGAAAAUUGCGCAGUGGUGGGGCCUCAAGAAGUCUAAGCGGCGGAGGAUUAAGCUUUCCUAUUCGGCUCGGCGGAUCCACAGGGUGAGUUUCUGGCACAGGGUGCAAGUGGCGACGGAGCUGUACCAUGUGGCGGAGGAUCGGCAGCUGAAGAUCGAUAGGCUGCAGGCCUGCGCCCGAAAGGAUGGGAAGGAGGGCGGCGCAGGCGCGCAAGCCUGCAGGGCGAAUCGCGAGAUGCAGAUGGUGCCAGGUGGGGGGCCAGGGGGUCCACCGCGAUCCGAGGCGAUCGCGGCCACCGGCGCGAGUUUUUGGCCAAGAGAAGGGGACGGCGGCGAGGUGAAAGCCGUCCUGAUGCAACAACACGGUGAGCUCGACGUUCUGAAAAAAGAGGUCCAGUACUUGAAGAGCCAGAUGCAGAGAGGUUCAGUUGGAAAGAAAGACACUGAAACUGGUUGUGUGGCAGUCUGCAGUCUUGCGGUUCUCAAAUAG